GCCAUGGUUGCAAAACCUAUAAGAGGGCCGACUGUUUCUCAACUUACGAUGAUAACCGUCUUCUAUCUACUUACUAUCCACUACUCAACAUCUUUAAAGCCCGUCCCUCAACUUCAAAAUGGCCAUUACCGUUGGUGUUGCUGGUAUCACCGGAAAGUUCGCUCGCCGGGUGGUCAGCCACCUGCUGCAGCACUCCGACAUCACCAUCCGCGGCUAUUGCCGUGACCCCAGCAAGGUCCCCGCGUCCAUCUCCUCAUCCGAAAAGGUUGCCCUUCUAAAAGGGGAUGCCUUUGACAGAGAGGCGAUCCGAUCUUUUGUGGCGGGCUGCGACGUGAUCGUGUGCUGCUACCUGGGCGACGACAAGCUCAUGGUGGAGGGCCAGAAGGCUCUGAUCGACGCGUGCGAGGAGGUCGGGGUGCCUCGCUACGUCGCCAGUGACUGGGCUCUGGAUUAUACCAAGCUCAAGCUGGGCGAGCUCUUCCCGAAGGACCCGAUGAUUCACGUCAAAGCCUACCUGGACACGAAGGAGAAGGUCAAGGGGGUGCACAUCCUGAUCGGCGGGUUCAUCGAGCCGGUGCUCAGCCCCUUUUUCAACAUCCUCGACCCCCAGACCCACACAUUCCGCUACUGGGGUGAGGGCGACGAGUACAUGGAGGGGACGACUUACGACAACGCGGCGGAGUUUACUGUCGCGGUGAUCCGGGAUGCGGAGGCUACGGGCGUUGUUCGCUUCCUCGGUGGUCGUGCCACCAUCCGUGAAAUUGCACAAUCCUAUGAAAACGUCUACGGCGUCAAGGCCAACCUUGAACGACUGGGCUCCCUGGACGAGUUGUACAAGACCAUGCACCAGAAGCGGGCGGAGAAUCCUGCUAAUAUCUACGGCUACAUGUCGCUCUUCUUCUAUUACUACUGGGUGAAUGGACAGACUUUUGUUGGUCCUGAGACGGAUAAUGCCAAGUACCCCAAUGUCGAGCCGGUUGACUGGGAGAGAUUUAUGAAGCAGUGGCCGUUGCAACAGCUGCCUACUGCCUACUUCGCUUUGAAUGCUUGAUUCUUUGCGUUGGUGGAGGGGUUAGUGAAGGGAGGCGUUUCUCUUUCGGCGUAUAA